UAAAGAACAUUGCAAUUUUUUAAUAAGUUUAUAAAUAUAUUUUUUUUGUUUGAGUUUUACAAAAAUUCAACGAUUCGAAGUACAAGCAAUGACUUUCGUCGGAAAUACCUCAACUCAGUAUAACGAAUCCGUUACCAAGCAACCUGCCAUCAGCAACGCUGUUUACUUUCAAAAUCAAUUGCGAAUCAUAAGAUUUGCAAACUCCGUAUUCACAUCUUAAUAAGUUAACUGAGAACCAUGGCUGACUUAAGUGAACUUGACCAAUUGGCCACUGCAGAGCUGCUAAGACUUCAGCGGCAACAUCGGGGUCUCCAACUGGAUCUUCGGGGUCUUCUCGAGGAGAAGGCAAAGCGUUUGAAGAAGCAGAACCACAUGAUUAACGUACUGCAAGUGGAACACCAGAAGCUAAAGGAGGAGAUCAAGACCCUCGAGGGCGGAACUCAUGCCCGAAAGAAUACCAAUAGGGAGAAGCACCUGGGAACAUUGCAAGGGCAUCAGGCCGACCUCCAAAGAGUACUCCAAAAUGAACGGACCAAUCUUUGGGAGCUGGAAGGACACAUCCGGAAAAUGGAGAAGGAAAUCGAUGCCUUAAGACGCAAUGAGGUGCCAGAUAACUGCUACAAGGACACCAUUUGCAAGGUCCAGAAAAGCGUGGUCAAGUUGGAGAAUCGCUUGGAUGUGGUUAACAAAAAAUGUAGUGAUGUUCUGACAGAGAACAGCAAGAUGAGGGAUGCCAUUAAUCACAUGCUGCAGGAUAGGGCAAACUUCAAUGACAUGUGGCAGUCGAUGGUCACCCAGUUCAACGAGGGCAAGAAGUUCAUCAUGGACCUAAUCGAUCAGUCCACCCUGGCCUUUGAUCAGCGGGAAGAGCUGUGCAACAAGUUGUCGGUGCUGAAGGAUCGCAAUGAGAACGACAAGGUGAUGCACAUCCAAGAGAUGCGGGAAAUGCAACGACGACUGGAGCACGAUGCCAAGUUGCAGAAGUUCUUCGACAUUAAGGGUCAGAAGAGAUUGAAUCCUGAACUGGAGCAGCGGGAGCUGGACAAGAAGCAGAGCCAGAAGGAGAACUACGAGCGGCAGCUCCUCGAAUACAAGGACAUCAUCGAGAAGAUCAAGUUGCUCUACGGCGAGGAGGAUGCCGAUCGACUGGUGGCUCAAUUCAAGCGGCAGGAGGACGAGAACUUUGCCCUCUUUAACUAUGUGAACGAAUUGAGUCACGAGGUGGAGGUCCUGAAUGAUUCCACGCAGGAACUCCAGGAUGAAAUAGAACGUCAAAAAUCAGAGCAAACCGAAAAGGAGUUAAAGCUAAAGACAGAAGCUCUGGAUUAUCUGAAUGCUGAAAAGGAGAGAAUUGAGCAACUGGCUGAGGAAACCAGAGAAAAGAAGCGGACUCUUAUUAUUAGACUGGAACAGCUUCUUAAGGGCAUCGAGGAUAUAUUCAGACAACUGGCCUGUGAUGAUGCCCCCAUUCUAAAUGUUCUGAGCACUAAGACCUUCUUGACGGUCCACAAUGUGAAGCUUUUCAUUGGCGUUAUUGAACGACGGGUCAACCUGAUCAUCGGCGCCAUUAAUAUCGAGGAUAACUCAAACAAAAUACUAGCCAGAAAAGACAGAGUUCCCAAAUUCAAUAUACGGGAAUCGGCCAAGACUAAAAAUUAAGGCUGGAAAUUGUCUAACGUUCUUGAAAAAAAAUUAAUACAAUUUUUAAAGCGAAUUGCUUUGACACUAAUCGUAAACUAUAACCAAUAUGUCUUCAAUAAUGUAUGGACUCAUUACUCAUCAAAUUAAAUAAAUGUACUCAUCUAAUAUAUUCAUAAAGUGUA